AUGGCUGCUCCAUUUGAUGUCAAUGCAUUGCAGGAAUCCCUUGUGCUCCCUUUCCCAGCGGCCACAAAACAGGUUGCGGGGUUGGUGAACGGGGUCCAAACAGAUGUCAUGACAAUGAGCUUCAGCGAUAAGGUCAUGGUUACAAUCUCACAAGGUGGUAGACUGGCGCAUUGGCUACACGUACCCAUGGAGAAUCUUAACCCCGGCACUGAGGGUAUGCACACCAUGCCUGAGGGAGAGGAUAACCUCUUGCCAUUCAAGAAUUUGACGUCGACGACUCUACUGGGUGGCCAUUCUUCUGGCCAAGAUAUAACCGGCCAGCUUCUCGCCCGUCAAAUUGCAACUGCCAUUGCUACGAAGACGCCCACUGAAAGCAGGCUACUUGUUGUCGGUCUGGGACUUGGAAAAGAAAUCGCUGACCGAGAUGCGUUCUUCGCCAUUGUCGAUCUUGUUCUACAAUGCAUCUAG